AUGACUUCACCUCAACGUACACCGAUUCAACUUCAUCCUCAGUCACAAGAAGAUCCAAUCUCACUCCGUGAAAAGGCGCUUGAAAAAGAACUCACGCAUCUAAGAAUGAUAAAUACGACUCUAGACACACUUGUAACCACCAUCGAGUCAACGACGUCAGAUAUAAAUACGUUUAACAAUGGUACCUCGAAUGCAAAGAGAAUGAUGGAUAAAUGGACAGAAAUCUUGACACAGGCUAGUUUUACUGGACAGAUGUUGGACGAUGAAGAGUGGACGCCUCAAGGAGAUGAGGGAGGACGCGAAGGUGGAUUGCGCGAGGAAAGUGCAGUUGAAGAAGAGCUUCGAAUUUUGCAAAGACGACUCAUGACUGUUGAACUGGAAAAUAUAGUCUUGAAUAAAAAAUUGGAAAAGGAAAUGCAAGAAAAAAGAGAAAGAUGGAAUCGUGCAGAAGAGUUGGCAAAUAAGAGGAAAAGGGAACUAGGUUUGAACGUGGCAGGCACUGGUAAUACAAGACGGAAACUCAAUCGAUGA